UUGUCUGGUUAUAACCCUUUCUUCUUCACCAAAAAUUCAUCUUUCUUCUCUCUCUCUCUGUGGGUAUGUGCGUCCGUGCGUGUGGAGCCGGCGAUUGUUUUCUUUUUGUUGCGACCUUCAGCUUUCUUUGAUUCUAGAACGUCACCAUCUAUGUCGGCGAGUUUGUCUUCUGUUCCCGAUUCUUCAGAAAAUUGGGUCUGUGUCAGUGUAUGCUGAGUAUUGAUCAAUGGAAGCUCAAUUUGGAGGAAACUCUCAUAAUUUGUAUGGUCCAGUAUUGCCGGAAUUUAAGGCACUUGGGAAGAAAAGCUUGGAAUGGGAUUUAAACGAUUGGAAAUGGGAUGGAGACCUUUUCACUGCUUCUCCAGUUAAUCCUAGUCCAGCUGACUGUAGAAGUAGUCAACUGUUCCCAUUGGGGUCGAACAGUUCAUUGUCGUCGGAUGACAUCACUUUAGGAGAUGCAAGAAGAACUACGGAAUUGGAGAAAAGGAGAAGGGAUGUGAUUGUUCGAGAAGAAGAAGUAAAUUAUGAAGCCAGGUCCCUUAAUCUAAAUCUUGUGGGACAAGCGCAUGCCAUAUUGAAUUCUGAGAUUGAUACAUCCGAGGGAAAGAGCGGUAAGAAGAGCAAGAUAUUUCCCGCUAUUCCAAAUCGUACGGUGUGUCAAGUGGAUGAUUGUAGAACUGAUUUAAGCAAUGGAAAAGGCUAUCAUCGAAGGCACAAGGUUUGUGAAAUACAUUCCAAGGCUAGUAGCGCUUUGGUGGGUAAGGUCAUGCAAAGGUUCUGUCAGCAGUGCAGCAGGUUUCAUGUUCUUCAAGAGUUUGAUGAAGGGAAGAGAAGUUGUCGUAGGCGUUUGGCUGGUCAUAAUAAGAGGAGGAGAAAGACACAUCCAGAAAAUGUAGUUAAUUCAGGCACCAUGAUUGAUGAGCAAGGCAGUAGUUAUUUACUGAUUAGUCUUCUGAGGCUACUAUCCAACAUGCACACUAAUAACUCGGAGGGAAUAAAGGAUCAAGAUCUACUUUCUCAUUUGCUAAGAAAUCUUUCGAGUCUUGCUAGCACUAUUAAUGGGAGGGACAUAUCUAGUUUGCUUUCUGGUUCUCAAGGUCUUCAACAAGUUGGAACAUCUGGAAACCACCAUAAUGAACCUCUGCUUGGGGAAUGUGGAACUAGAGAUGUAUCAACAUCUAGAAACAUAGAGAAGUUGAAUGAGUCUCUAGAAUCUCCAACUCCAUAUCAUACAAAUUGUGGGAAUCCACCCAAAGUGAGGCUAUCAGAUGCUACUCAGGGUCAAAUGGGGUUGAAUAACUUUGACUUGAAUAGUGCUUAUGAUUAUUCUGAUGACUGUCAAGAAAACAUCGACGCCUCUUUGGCUCCAGUUAGUACUGGAACAGGAUCCCUUGGAUUCAGCUCAAUGCAACAUCAAGAGAGUCUGAAGUCAAGCCCACCUCAGACAAGUAGGAAUUCUGAUUCAACAUUGAGCCAAUCGCCUUCUAGUUCUAGUGGGGAUGCACAGAGCCGGACAGAUCGAAUUGUGUUUAAACUUUUUGGAAAAGAUCCAAGCAAUUUGCCAAUUGUCUUGAGGAAACAGAUCCUUGAUUGGUUGUCAAACAGUCCUACAAACAUUGAAAGCUAUAUAAGACCUGGGUGUAUCAUCCUGACAAUAUAUCUUCGGUUAAGUAAAUCUAAAUGGGACGAGCUCCCCUCUGAUUUAAGCACCAGUUUGCUUAAACUAAUCAAUUUAUCAAACAAUUCAUUCUGGAAUUCCGGCUGGGUAUAUGCGAUGGUGCAGCAUCAUGUGGCAUUUCUGUACAAUGGGCAGGUGGUCUUAGACACACCCCUACCUAUUAGAAGUCGUAACCAUUGCAGCAUCUUGAGUGUUACGCCAGUCGCUGUCACUCUUUCAGAGAGAGCUCAUUUCUUGAUCAAAGGUUUUAACUUGUCUCGUUCCACCUUGAGGUUAUUUUGUGCUCUCGAAGGGAAGUAUCUAGGGGAGGAAAAUUGUUCUGAUGUAUUGGACGAAGAUGAUUUUAAUAGUACUAAUGAAGUUCAUUGCAUUAGUUUUACUUGCUCUAUGCCAAAUGUCACAGGGAGAGGAUUCCUUGAGGUUGAGGAACAUGGCCUUAGUAGCAGCUUCUUUCCAUUCAUUGUAGCGGAGCAGGACAUAUGUUCUGAAAUUCGUAUGCUGGAGAGAGAAAUGGAAGUGGUAGGCACCUUCGAUGUCAUUCAAGGAGAGAGAGCAGAAGAUGCCAAGAACCAGGCAGUGGAUUUCAUACAUGAAAUGGGUUGGCUUCUUCAUCGGAGCAAUUUAAGGCAUAGAUUGGGGAAAAUAGACCAAAAUGAAGACCUCUUCCCUUUCAAACGCUUCAGAAGUAUAAUGGAAUUCUCUGUUGAUCAUGGAUGGUGUGCAGUAGUUAAGAAGCUUUUAGAGAUUCUUUCCAAUGGUUGUGUCGAUGCAGGAGACCAUUCUUCCAUUGAACUUGCAGUGUCUGAUAUGACUCUUCUGCACAGAGCUGUGCGUCAAAAUUCCAGACCUGUUGUGGAAUUUCUAUUGAGAUAUAUCCCUACUGGAACUUUGGACAAAUCAAACUGUGAAGAUAAGCGACAACCGGAUAGAGUUGGAAAGUUCUUAUUCAGACCCGACACUAUUGGUCCUGGAGGUUUGACACCUCUUCAUAUUGUAGCCAGCAGAAGUGGCUCAGAAAGCGUGUUGGAGGCAUUAAUCGACGAUCCUGGAUUGGCGGGAAUAGAAGCAUGGAAGAAGGCUCGCGACAUGACAGGAUUAACUCCAAACGACUAUGCAUCGGUUCGAGGCUACCAUUCCUACAUCAAUCUCAUUCAUAAGAAGAAAUCCAACAACAAAAAUAUGAAUCAUCACCAAGUAGCUCUUGAUAUUCCUUACAUACCACCUUCUUCUUCUGCUGCUGCUUCUUCUACUAGGUUUGAAAUCGAGAAAAACAGAAACGAGUUUAUAAUUAAUAAACAAAAUUGUGGGAUCUGCGAGCAGAGGCUAAUGAUGAGUAGUAAUAGGAUGAAAAGAGGAUCGUCUCUUUCACUAUACAGACCGGCAAUGUUAUCAAUGGUGGCGGUAGCUGCAGUUUGCGUUUGUGUGGCUUUGUUCUUCAAGAGCUCUCCUGAAGUUCUAUAUGUCUUCAAGCCCUUUAGGUGGGAACAGCUCGAUUAUGGUACAAUCUAAUUAAGUUUUUUUUUUUCUUUUUCGAAUUAACUUGUUUUCGAUUUUUGGAGGGUAUAAUUCUGGGGCGGGUAAAUAAAGAAAGAUAUGGAAGGGUGGGUGGGUGAUAUAUAAUAAAAAUAUGGACUAACAUAUUUAUCAUGAAAUUGAGUGGAAAUGUGUGUAUUGUGUAUGUUGUAGUUAUUUUUAAAGUUGUGGGAUAUAUAAUAAUAUAUAUUAAUAUAUAUUCAGUAUUGAACUCUCAUAUAUUAUUAUUGUUUGUAAGAAUAUUGGUAUCAAAUUUUUAGG